AUGGAUGGUUGUCCUUUCUAUAUACGGUUUAGUAUGAGGACAGGCAAUACAUUUUGGCAACUAGUAAGUCUCACUGAAAACCAUAGCUGCCAUAGGACACCUAAGAACAGACAAGCAACAACUGCAUGGUUAGGUCGCAAAUUUAUGUAUACGUUGAGGCAUAGUCCAGAUAUGAGAUGUAAAGGCUUGAUUGCAGAAGCCUUAGAGAAAUGGGGAGUGAAAUUGUCAAAAGACCAAGCUUAUAGGGCAAAAAGAAAAGCUCUAGAGCUAAUUCAAGGAGCUGGUUGUGAACAAUUUGCACAUUUGAGGUUGUAUGCUAAUGAAUUGCUUAAGUCAAAUCCUAACUCUACAGUUAAGAUUCAAUGUGUUGAUUCUAGUGGUGGUCCUAUAAUUGAGAGAAUUUAUGUAUGCUUGAAAGCAUGUAAGGCUGCAUUUGCAACUACGUGUAGGCCCUUAAUUGGAUUGGAUGCAUGUUUUUUAAAGGGAGAUUUUGGAGGUCAGUUGAUGGCUGCAGUUGGCACGGACGGAAAUAACAAGAUUAUGCCCAUAGCAUAUGCAGUCGUGGAAGCCGAAACCAAAGACUCAUGGCAAUGGUUCUUAAAUUUGUUACUUGAUGAUUUGCAAGCCAUCCAACAUAAUAGAUAUGGCUUUAUCUCAUACCAGCAAAAGGGAUUGGUACCGGCUAUUCUAGAGGCAAGCCAGUAUGUUGAACAUAGAUUGUGCGUGAAACAUUUAUAUGGAAAUUGGAAAAAGAAAUAUCCAGGGAUAGUGAUGAAGGAAGUUUUAUGGAGGGCUGCUAGGGUAACAACAGUACCUGCAUGGGAGAGGGCAAUGGAACACAUGAAAUUACUUGAGCCAAAUGCUUGGAAAGAUAUGAAGGCAGUCCCUGCUGCAUGUUGGAGUAUAGCACAUUUUAAAACGGACACUCAAUGUGAUUUGCAAGUCAAUAACAUGUGCGAAGCUUUCAAUAGAGCAAUUUUGGAGUAUCGAGACAAACCAAUCAUUACACUACUUGAAGGAAUCAAGCACUAUUUAACUUUGAGGAUUUCAAAACAAAAAGAUGCUCUAGGUAAACAUAAAGGAGUUAUAAGCCCCAACAUCCAAAAGGUCACAGAAAAGUCAAAACAUGAAGCUGGUGGAUGGAGUGCAACUUGGCAUGGUGAUGAUGACUUUGCCAUUUUUGGUGUGGUAGAGAAACAUUUGUUGACAUCUACUGUGCUUGCUACAUAUAGUCACAUCAUCUUGCCAACAAAUGGGCCACAGUUAUGGCCAAAUGAUGGAAACCUAUCCAUCAACCCACCUGUUAUGAGGAGAGCUAUUGGACGGCCAAAGAAGAAUCGAAACAAGGCUAAUGAUGAGCCUAGAAGCACAAACACAUUGCCAAGACUCCUUCAAACUGUGAAAUGCAAAAAAUGUGGAAAUAUGGGACAUAACAAAAGAACUUUCAAAGGGAAACGAGCGGCUGAGAGAUCCAUUCCUAAGGGUGGCAAUAAAAAGGCAAAGAAGAAUGCAAAAAAGGAUGUUGGGCAAACUAUCAUAGAAGAAGGGUCACAAGCACCAAGAGCAACUCAAGAAUAG